UCGAGUCCACGCCAAGAUCGGAUUGAGCUUGACCAUCAAAUUUCAUGCCGCCUUGCGUGCGCUUCCCGGUGGCAUCUCCGGCCGGCGGCGCUCAAUCGCAAGCUUUCCGCUCCCUUCCCUCUCCUCUCCGUUUUCUCACCACUCAAAUACAUCUCCAGCCCAGAUCGGAUCAGAACCCAGUCAAUGAGGAUGAGGCGGACGUGGUGUUCGAAGGAGAAAGCAUCGCCAAUCGAUCGUACUGGAGGAAGAAGAUCCACUCGCUAUGCGCAGUCCAUGGAGACGUCGACGAGGCCCUCCGGCUUCUCGACCGUCUUCGCCUUCGCGGCUAUCGCCCAGACUUCCUCAACCUUGCCAGCAUCAUCCACUCCCUUUGCGCCGCAGGCCGCUUCGAGGAGGCCCACCGCCGCCUUCUUCUUUCCACCGCUUCCGGUUGGCUCCCAGACGAACGCACGGCUAACGUCCUCAUCGCCCGCCUCCUUGAUGCCGCCACUCCGCAUCUCACCCUCCAGGCCGUGGCCUGCCUCACGGACGCUAAACCCGCCUUCGUUCCCUCCCUCACCAACUACAAUCGCCUCAUCGACCAACUCUCCUCUCACUCUCAACCCGCAGAAGCCCACGGCAUUCUGAUCGACAUGAGGAGCAGAGGCCGCCUGCCCAAUACCGUUUCCUACACCGCCCUCAUCCACGGCUUCGCCAGAAUUGGAGAAUUGGAUCGUGCUCGACAGCUGUUUGACGAAAUGAACGAAGCUGCCGUUCCUCCCAACUCUCUCACUUACAGCGUGUUGAUCAAGGCGGUUCUCAGGAAGAGGAGAUUCGAAGAGGGGAGGGACUUGAUGGUGGAGCUUUGGAAGAAGAUGGAGGAGGAGAGUGAUCCAUCGGCCAACAGUGCCGCAUUUGCCAAUUUGAUUGACUGUUUGUGUCGAGAAGGAUUGUUCAAUGAAGUUUUCAGUAUUGCCGAGGAUAUGCCGCAGGGGAAAACUGUGAGUGAGUUGUUUGCGUAUGGGCAAAUGAUGGAUUCACUCUGCAGGGCUGGAAAGUAUCACGGGGCUUCACGAAUCGUAUACAUAAUGAGGAAGAGAGGAUUUCUUCCCAGUAUGGCUUCUUAUAACUGCAUUGUCCAUGGUCUGAGCAAAGGAAGGGGUUGCAUGAGGGCCUAUCAGUUGUUCAAGGAGGGCAUCGAGUUAGGCUAUUCACCAACAGAGUCUACUUACAAAGUUCUGGUCGAGGGUCUUUGCCAAGAAAAGGAUGUCCACAAGGCCCAGGAUGUUGCUGAGUUUAUGCUGCAAAGAGAGGCUGUCGAUAAGACAAGAAUUUACAAUAUCUUGUUGAGUGCUUUGCGUCUUCUUGAGCAUCCGAGUGAACAGUUGAAUGUGCUUGUAUCAAUGCUGCAGAAGCAAUGCCGACCAGACGUGGUGACUCUUAAUAUUGUGAUCCAUGGUUUCUGCAAGAUUGGAAAAGUACACGAAGCAAAGAAGAUACUCGAUGAUAUGUUAAAUGGUAAGUUUACUGAGCCUGAUGUGGUUACAUUUACUACGAUUAUCCAUGGUUUCAUGGAUGUUGGUCAACCUGUAGAAGCCCUUAAUGUAUUGAACAAAAUUAUGCCAAUAUGCUGUUGUGCUCCUAAUAUUGUGACAUAUAAUGCCAUUCUUCAUGGAUUAACGAGGCUUCAAAAGGUAGAUGAAGCUAUGAAAAUAUUCCAUGACAUGUUAGGUAAUGAUAUCACUGCUGACAGCACAACAUACACCAUACUGGUUGAAGGAUUAUGUAACACGGGACGACUCGAAGAGGUCAAGAAGUUUUGGGAUGAUAUCAUCUGGCCAUCACAGAUCCAUGAUGAUUAUGUUUAUGGAGCUAUCCUUAAAGGUCUAUGCUCUUCAGGAAAAUUUGAACAAUCCUGUGAUUUCUUAUAUGAAUUAGUGGACUGUGGGCUUAUUCCUGGGAUUGUAAGCUAUAACAUUGUGAUUGACUAUGCUUGCAAGAUGGGUCUGAAAAAGGAGGCUUAUCAGAUAGUGAAAGAGAUGAAAAGGAAUGGGACAAAACCAGAUGCUGUAACUUGGAGAAUUCUUGACAAGUUACAUGAUAAAAAUGGCAAAGAAUGUUGUAUCAGUAAUCUGGAAUCUGAAUUCAACACAGUUGCAGAGGAAGUAGAAAUACCAGUAAAGCUUCAACAUGAUGUGAAAUCGAUCAUACAGGAAGCAGAGUCCUACAAUAAUACUGGAAACCAUGAUAACCAAUUGGAAGGCCUUGUAGAUACAUCCUUUUAUAAACUACUUGAGGAGGAUACUUGUGGGAAUCAGAGAGAUAUAAAGCAUACUGACUUGAUCGGAGAUGGUGAAGCUGAAAAUUUUAGGCAUUCAGAACAGAAAGAACCCCUUUCAAAGAUUGCCAGGAGAAUUUUUGGACUUCUCUAAGAUAUCAGGAAUUUUAACAAAUGACGAGAGGGGAGAUUUCGAGCCUAAUACAGAAUUUGGACAGCAUCAGCAUGCAAUUAACACAUAUUCAACAGGACUGUAGUGCCACCGUAGCCAGAGCAUAAUGGUGCAGUAAGGAUCCCUUUGUUCCAUGGAAGCUGGACCCUUUUGCUUUAGAGAAUAUAUUUCUAAUGAAUAAUUUGCUGAGUGUUUUAGUAUCUGAUUUUGUAGAAAAUUUAUGAGCAAUGGAAAAUUCUUUUCCUGAUCAAUAGAAAAUAUGAGUUCCUCCUACACAAACAAUCAGUCCCUCCUCCCCUGGCUUGUUGAUGUGUCUGAUUUGUGAUUGUCACAGAUCUAUGGAAGACAUGUGUGCGUGACGGUGAGAUAUCUGAUAGGAUGUUUAAUAUGUCUCCUUCCUGUGCAAUAACUUUACUAUACAUAAUAUCUACUAAUUCAUUUCUGUGCAACCUUACCCAUUUGUAAUU